AUGCUAUUUACAGAGACGGCUGAGCGUGCCAGCAAACCAAAUUCACCCGAGUCACAGCCCAUGUCCAACACAGCUGCCGUGUGCACCUCACGAGGGGGUGAAACGCAACCAACUGAGACAGGGGACGUGCCUCAGGCGUCCUGCAAGCUCCUCGCGUACAUCGCCAUCAUCCUUGACCUCUGUUGCUGGACGGGCGUGUAUGUCGUGCAGGAGGCCGCAGAUGAUGUUUCCGUCUUGUCUAGGAUUACCUGGCAGACACCUUCAGUCCCGUUUCCUGAGAACGCCAGAAACUUUGCCCUCGAUUACUGGGGUAAUCCAAUCACCGCUAGGUCGCAAGACUAA